AUUCAUUUAUUAGUGGAAAAAACAGAUUAUAUAAUUGAUAUAGUUUGUUAGGUAUUGAAUUUUAAUUACCAUAAUAAUUAAGGUCAAGGAAGGCAACUGUCAAAGCAUAAAUGGACGUCCUGGAUGAUCCGGAUCAGACAAAGUCAAAACAAUAGUUGAGAAGCAGAGAAAAAUCUCAAAACUCAAGCUCAUGGGUUCGUACAACAAUCCCAGAUUAAGAUCUGAUGCACUCGAAAACUUGGCUCAACGGCUUCGCCUUUAUAAACCGCCUCUUCUUCAUCAAAUCCCAGAAUCAGUUUCUCAUGAAAUACAAUGUUCCAUUGGAAAAUCUGUCAGCAACAUCCCAGAAUCAGAUUACCACCAUCCUGAAAAGCUCAAAAGAGCUGCCGUUCUUGUCUGUAUCUUUCAAGGAAACAAUGAUGAUCUCCGUGUAAUACUGACCAAACGUUCAUCAACUCUGUCUUCUCACUCUGGUGAAGUUGCAUUGCCUGGAGGGAAAAGAGAGGAAACUGAUGCUGAUGAUGUAGAGACUGCAUUGAGGGAGGCAAAAGAAGAGAUUGGCUUGGACCCUUCGCUUGUCAAUGUUGUUACUGUCCUUGAACCAAUUUUCACCAAGCGUCGCAUGAUGGUCGUCCCUGUGGUGGGUAUACUGUCAGAUGCAAAGGCAUUCAGUCCAUCUCCAUGUGCGGAUGAAGUGGAAGCAAUAUUUGAUUCUCCUUUGGAAAUGUUUCUCAAGGAUGAAAACCGGUGGGCAGAAGAGAGAGAAUGGAUGGGAGAAAAGUAUUUGCUCCAGUACUUUGACUAUGAAGCAGAAAAUAAAAAGUACGUGAUCUGGGCAUUGACGGCUGGAAUCUUGAUCAAGGUUGCAUCAAUAGUUUACCAGCGGCCACCUGCUUUUCUAGAGCUGAGACCGAAGUUCUGGGAUAUGGCCAUAAGUAGGGACAUCCCUAAGCUGUGAAUUCAGCAUUUUCAUGGUUUCAUA